CGGGCUCCGCGCAGGCAUGGCGAGAUCCCAGCUGCUCCUGCUGGCUCUGCUGCUGCUACCCAGGCCCUGGAUCUCCUCUUCAGAUGAUUCUAGAAAGCUGUCUUCCAAUGCUCAGAGCUCUUCUACUGACAAACAACGUUCAAGGCCAAGCACUAACUCUGUAAGUUCCCAAGAAAACUCCACCAUGGAUUCCGACCCCACAAGUCCACAAGAAAACACCACGGACCCCGACCCCAGAAGUCCACAAGAAAACACCACGGACCCCGACCCCACAAGUCCACAAGAAAACACCACGGACCCCGACCCCACACGUCCACAAGAAAACACCACGGACCCCGACCCCACAAGUCCACAAGAAAACACCACCACGGACCCCGACCCCACAAGUCCACAAGAAAACACCACCACGGGCCCCGACCCCACACGUCCACAAGAAAACACCACGGACCCCGACCCCACAAGUCCACAAGAAAACACCACCACGGGCCCCGACCCCAGAAGUCCACAAGAAAACACCACGGACCCCGACCCCACAAGUCCACAAGAAAACACCACGGACCCCGACCCCACACGUCCACAAGAAAACACCACGGACCCCGACCCCACACGUCCACAAGAAAACACCACGGACCCCGACCCCACAAGUCCACAAGAAAACACCACGGACCCCGACCCCACAAGUCCACAAGAAAACUCCACCACGGACCCCGACCCCACAAGUCCACAAGAAAACACCACGGACCCCGACCCCACACGUCCACAAGAAAACACCACGGACCCCGACCCCACAAGUCCACAAGAAAAUACCACUGACCUAGGCCAAACAGAUUCCAUAACAGACUUCACCACCCCACAAACCUGGACAUUGUCUCUUUCCGGCUCUAGUUCGCCCGGUCCAGAGAUCACCUCGGCUUCCCAGGCCACUGCCUUGACCUCAGGGACUCUCACCCCUCAUAGCCCAGGCCCAGCUCCAGGUGACAGGUGGAUCCCUACUUCACACAGGAACCCAGGUGUGGUGAUAGCCGUGUGUUUGUUAGUGUCUGUUUUGCUCAUUGGCUCCGUGGUCAUGGCAGUCAGACACUGUCACCAAGAUGUGUCAGAGUUUCACAAGCUGGAUGAGGUGUCCAUGGGAAAUGUGAGCCAAAGAGUAUCAUUUGCAAACCUCACUCCUGAGUGACGACCUCUGGCUGGGUGGUGGGUUGGACACCUGGGCCAGAGUGAUGCUGAAGAAACAAAAGCCCCUGCUGGGCUGAGUGGGCUAAUGGUGGCAUCUGCAGUCCCCGCUGACCAAGAGGCUGAGGUAGGAGGAUCCCAGGAGUCCAGGAGUUCUAGGUAGCCUGUGCCACACAAUGAGACCCUGCCAACAAAAGAAAGCCUGUUGUGGUACGUCACACCUGUCAUCCCAGCACCCCAGAGAUGGAGGCAGUAGGGAAACCUUGGCUACACUGAGAGUUUGAGGCCAGCUUGGGCUACAUGAGACUGCCUCAACCAAAUCCAAAAAGAAAGUAAAAUGAAGUUCCUAGUAUUCA